AUGGAUCCGAGGAUCGCCUGGUUUCAGCCAGAGCAGCUCGGACCCUCCAACAGUUUGUGGAUGCAGAUUUGGGAGACAACCCAGGGGCUGAGGAACCUCUACUUCAACCACCACUGUCACAGCAGCGCCACGAGCAGUAGCAGCAGCAGCAGUAGCAGCAGCAGCAGCAGUAGCAGCAGCAGCAGCGGCAGCAGCAGCAGCGGGAGCAGCAGCAGCAGCGGGAGCGGCACCAGCAGCAGCAGCAGCAACACGGGCAGCCCCAGCGGCCCCGCCGCCGCCUCCGCCGCCGCCACCGCCGGCAUGUACCGCCCCGGGGAGCGGCUCCUCGGCGGCCACGCACUGGCCCCGGAACAGCGGGACUUUCUGCCCUUAGAGACGACCAACAACAACAACAACCAUCAUCAGCCCGGGGCCUGGAGCCGGAGGGCUGGAGCCUCUGCUGCUGAAACCGCCGACCCCGCCGCGGGCAACAGCAACAAGAGGAAAAGGGACAACAAGGCUAGCACUUACGGACUCAACUACAGCCUGCUGAGCCCCAGCACGGCCCCGGCCUCCACUGCCGGGGUCGGGGCAGGCGGAGGGGGCGGUGGUAGGUUGGCUGGAACAGCGGGAACUGGAGGGUUGUACAGUGGUACCCCUUGGAAGAGGAGGAACUACAACCAGGGAGUCGUGGGUCUUCAUGAAGAAAUCAGUGAUUUUUAUGAGUACAUGUCUCCUAGACCUGAAGAAGAGAAAAUGCGAAUGGAAGUGGUGAAUAGGAUAGAAAAUGUUAUUAAGGAGCUUUGGCCCAGUGCUGAUGUCCAGAUAUUUGGAAGUUUUAAAACUGGAUUAUAUUUACCUACCAGUGACAUUGAUCUUGUGGUAUUUGGGAAAUGGGAGAAUUUACCUCUAUGGACCCUAGAAGAGGCUCUUCGAAAACAUAAGGUUGCAGAUGAGGAUUCUGUGAAAGUGCUCGACAAAGCCACUGUACCCAUUAUUAAGCUAACAGAUUCUUUCACUGAAGUAAAAGUUGAUAUCAGCUUUAAUGUACAGAAUGGAGUGAAAGCCGCCCAGCUUAUCAAAGAUUUUACCAAGAAAUAUCCUGUAUUACCCUACCUGGUUUUAGUAUUGAAACAGUUCUUAUUACAGAGAGACCUUAAUGAAGUGUUCACAGGUGGAAUUGGUUCUUAUAGUCUCUUUUUAAUGGCAGUCAGUUUUCUUCAGCUGCAUCCCAGGGAAGAUGCUUGUAUACCCAAUACCAACUAUGGUGUUCUCUUAAUAGAAUUUUUUGAGUUGUAUGGACGUCACUUCAAUUAUCUAAAGACUGGCAUCCGGAUAAAGGAUGGUGGUUCAUAUGUGGCCAAAGAUGAAGUGCAGAAAAAUAUGCUGGAUGGCUACCGGCCGUCAAUGCUGUAUAUUGAAGACCCCCUACAGCCAGGUAAUGAUGUUGGAAGGAGUUCAUAUGGUGCCAUGCAAGUGAAACAGGCCUUUGAUUAUGCAUAUGUUGUUUUGAGUCAUGCAGUAUCACCAAUAGCAAAGUACUAUCCCAACAACGAAACUGAAAGCAUUUUAGGUAGAAUAAUUAGAGUGACAGAUGAAGUGGCUACCUAUAGAGAUUGGAUAUCAAAGCAGUGGGGCUUGCAGAAUAGACCUGAACCUUCAUGCAAUGGAAACGGUGUUACCUUGAUAGUAGAUAAUCAGCAGUUAGAUAAGUGUAACAAUAAUCUAUCUGAAGAGAAUGAAUCCCUGGGAAAAUGUAGAAGUAAAACUUCGGAAUCUCUUAGUAAACACUCUUCAAACUCUUCAUCAGGUCCAGUGUCUUCCUCUUCUGCCACGCAGUCCAGUUCUAGUGAUGUUGAUUCUGAUGCAACACCAUGCAAAACAUCUAAGCAGCUGAUUUGUCGUCAGUCUACUGUGAACAGAGUGGGAUCACAAGAAGUAUCUUUGGAAUCCUCCCAAUCAGGAGGGAAAAUACAAAACAACCAACCUCCUAAUUCAGCCAAUAGCACUAACAAAUCUCAGCAUGGAUCAGCAAGGUUAUUUCGUUCUUCCAGCAAAGGCUUCCAAGGUACAACUCCAACAAGCCAUGGCCCCUUGAUGACAAACAAACAGCAUCAAGGCAAAUCAAAUAAUCAGUAUUACCAUGGCAAAAAGAGGAGGCACAAGAGGGACGCAGCCCUUUCAGACCUUUGUAGAUAGUUCCCAAUCUUUUGAUUGACUGUUCUUCUGUGUGCAAUGAUCUCAUGCUACAGGAUAGUUUGAUAGCAACUCCUGGGAUUCAUUCAGGAGCUUCAGACUGUUCAGACGUUGAUUAGCAACUGCAUUUUUUUCCCAGCUCGCCACGGAAUGGAUCAUGAAGACUGACAACUACAAAAACAAAAAGGAAAAAAAAAGGCUGCUCAUUUGAUAAGUCAUAUGCUAUACAACAGGGUCAUUUUAAGAUUUAAAAGCUUGAAUGUAAAAUAAAUAUAUAUCCCAUCAGCUUUAUGCUGAAUUGUAGGGGUAGUAUUCAGUGUGUGUAGGGGGUGGUAUAAACAAAAACUAAAAGUUUAAAAGGAGGGGGGAAGGAGAAAAAAUGUAUUUUGUGGGAAAACAGAUUUAAAAGGUGAAAGUGAUUUGUGCAUGAUUUUUUUUAUUAUUUUUGCAUAUAUUUACCAUUUUAUUGUGUGUAUAUAUAGAAGACCAUAUUAUAGGAAAUUGACAUUUGUAAUAGUGGAUUUGUUAAUACUUUUUACAUAACAUUACUGUUUAAAUUGUAAACAGAAUUUUCUCAGGAUUAGUUUGAAAAAUAAUCUGAAUUGUCAUCUUAACAUCCAUAUAUAGGAACGUGAUUAGUUCUGUUAUUCAGAAUUUGUUUUCCUCGGCAUUGAAAUGAAUUAAUAGAACACUUGUGACCUGCUGCAAAAGUUUUUCCUCUAAAAAGAAAAGAUUUAUGGUGGCAAAUGAAGUUUAUUUUAUUUUGUAAAAUGUGUACUAUGUAUUUUUGUGUAAACACUGAAAAAACUAUAGUCAUCUCUGAUAAUGAACUCGCAACUGUUUUCUAUAGUGCCGUCGUCUUUGGCAUUGGGCAAUUACACUACUUUGUUUUUCUUUGCAGUCUUUUUUUUCUUCCUAAAAAGGAAAAAAAAGCCACCUGAAUGUUGUCCAUUCUUGUUGCAGUAAAAAAAAAAAAAUACCACCUCAGCUCGAGUUCUACAAACAUUUGCAUGCCAGCUUCUUUAACCUUUGUGCUCGCGUGUACUUGUUUUCUCAUUCUUUAUUCUUUUUUAAAUUCAUGCUAAACUUCUGUGGGAGAGAAUAACUGUUUAAGCUUUAAUGAAAUCAUACUUAUAAAACUAUUUUCUUAUACUCCA